AUGAGCUUGAUACCAGACCCCGAAGUCGUUAACAAACUUCCAAAGACGUACUCCGGUCUCGACGAUAAACUUGAAUAUAUACCAGAUCACACGAUCCACACAAAGUACACUGCAUACAAGCAUGCGCACGCAGAAACCAAGGCAUCAAACACCACAUACAAAAACACAGCUCACCCUCUAGGAUCAAGAAGACCCUAUCCUCCUGGACUGAUUCCAAAUGGCACCACAAUCAAUGGCUUUAAGUACAGCGUCGAAAGCCACCAGAUCCUAGCACCACUGGCUGGCACAGCGAGCUCGAACGCGCAGACUCAUGCCGAUCGCCGUGGAUCUUUCAACAACAAGUAUGAAGACGUACUAGCUGCUAAGAAUCAAUACAAAAGUCACGUCGGGCAAUCAAAUUUAGCAGCGGAAAGUGCAACAAGAUUUGCAAAACUGCGAAAUCAACAUGAUUAG